AUGAAGAGUGAAUCUCAGCUUUCGAUUCUUGAUCCAACCUCCAAUGACAUCUUUCCUCGUAUUUUCCCUCAUUAUCAACAAUGGAUGUCCCAAUACGGAGAGACGUUUCUUUACUGGAAUGGAACAGAGCCGAGGUUAUGUAUCACAGAUACUGACCUAGCCAAACAGAUCUUGUCGAACAAGUUAGGUUUAGUUGUUAAAGCAAAGAUAAGACCAGAGUUGCGUAAUCUUAUCGGCAUCAAAGGGCUUUUCUUUGUCGAAGGUGAUGAUUGGGUUCGCCAUAGAAGAAUCUUGAAUCCUUCUUUCUCCAUAGAUAGGCUCAAGAUCAUGGCGAAAGUGAUGGUGGAUUGUACAUUGAAGAUGUUAGAUGAGUGGAGACAACAGAGGAGUGAGGAAGGAACAGAGCAAUCAGUGAUAGAAAGAGAUGGAUAA